CUUGGUCACGCAGUGGAAUAACGUUAAAUUGUAUGCUGUUGGACUUCUUGAGAACCCGAGAGCCCAUGCUUAAUUUCUUAAGUCGCCUGAGGUUUUAGGGGCGCUGUUGCCUUCAACACCACGGUGGUGGUGUGACUGGACCAUACCCGGUCAUCUGUGACGUGCACACCAAGGAACUUGAAGCUUUUGAACCUCGCCACUGCAGCCCGUCGCUGAAUAUAGAGGCGCGCUUCAGCCAGUUUCCUGUAGUCCACCAUCAACUCCUUGGUUUUACUGUCAUUAAGGCCGAGGCUGUUUUCCUUGCACCUCUCUGCCAGGACUCUAACCACCCUGUAGGCUGUUGCGUCUGCGGUAAGGCCCACCACCAUCGUGUCGUCAGCGAACUUAAAUGGUGUUGGAGUCAUGGGUGUACAAGGAGUAUAGAAAGGGGCUGAGCACUAUUCAUUCGCGGGUGAGCUGUUUGUUCACCCGCACCCACCUGCAGUUGCUAAAAAUCCAUCCGCAACCGACUAUGCGAUGAAGUGAAAAUCUGAGGCCCGCACUGAACCUAAACCCGCAAAUAUGGGAAAUUGCGCUGUAGCCUACAGACUGCGGAACAUUUUUGGGGGGACAUGAUUUUAAAAAUAGGCCCAUGUUUCUGUUUUAAACGUGAAACAUUUUGCCAACUCAGGGCGUGAAACACACUCUUCUCACGCUCUCAUGGCACACCUCUUAUAUCUCACGCGCAUUGAAAAGUACUGCUUUUAUUGUUCUAAUUAGUCCAUUAUAGUCAGUGCAUUAACUUUUCAACUGUGCGCCAAAUCGUUUUGAAAUCGGAGCAUCUGCGACUGCAAUUUAACAUCACGAGCGAACCUCUAUCCUGUUUUGCUACAACGCUGAACUGCGGAAUAUUGAAGCAUAUUAUUGGUGAAAUUAUGUUAAGGAUCAAGGGGAUUGGAUGCAUGUUUUAAAGAAACGCCCCUCAAGAUUGGAGUGGUAAUGAAUGGCGAUAGAACCUUUAUCGAUGAGUUUAAAACUGUAUUAAAAAAAACUUAUGCACAAUGUUGUCAACAAAAUUAGGUUGCUGUUACUCCUGCUUCUAAUGCAGAAUGCAGCCUUUUGACAGCAUAUUUAAUCCACACUUGCAAAAGUGAUUUUGGUGAUUGGCAUUUAGGCUGUGACUGACCCAGAGUAUGUUUUAGCAGGGACGUUUGGGACGGUGACCUGAUUUGGAACUAUGAAAAAUAAUUUUGUCAAACAGAUUAUGAAUCCAAAAGUGUACAUUUUAUUCUAGGGGGUGGACAAUAAAUAGAAACAUAAUUUAGUUUAGUGUGUAGGGGCAGAUCUGUCAUCUUGUCUUCAGGAUAUUUUAUCUAUUUGCUAUAUUUAGUCUGAACAGUGGAACAAUUGUCAUUCUUAACAAUGAGCAACGAUAUAGGGUAAUUCCUGUGCUUGUCAUCAAGAACACUACUGUUAUUCCCCACACUUAUUUUAUAUUUCCACUUCCCAAUUUUGCCAGUGUUAUCACUUAUUUGAAAUCUGAUAUGACUACUUGUGUCUUUGGAAAUUAAUUAUAUGAGGCCAUGUAUUUUUUCAGCCAUUCAUGGACAGUUUUGAAUAAGUCAUACAAAUAAGCAUGUUUAUAUUAAAUAUAAUUUGACAUUUUAGGGGGACUCAACUGUUCAAGUCAAUUUGUUUUCCAAUAAUACUCUGAAUACUCCAAUAAUACUCCCUGUGAGUCUUCUCUCCAUCCUCUCAUUCUGAAUGCAGUCUGUGUAUCCAUAUUCAAAUGAGAGGGAGCGAGAGAGAGAAGUUGCCUGCACAGGUGUAAAGAUCAAAUGCUGCGUCCGCAGUUGGUUUGUUCUCACUCCUUUUGUGUGAAUAUCUAAAAAGGUAACCAGAACAAAGAAGUCUGAAUCGUUCCAGUCGAAGGAUGGGCAGGAUUCAACACCUGAUAUUAUGGGCUGUGUUGGUGGUGUGUUGUGUAGCUGAGAGACAGUACUUCCUCCAGUCACACUCCUCCACCUGGGAACAGGCCAGACUACACUGCCAGGCGUGCUACAAGGAGAUGGUGAGCCUGACCCCUGACAACAUCCAGCAACUUGUCCAGAACCUGACCUCUUCUUACUGGAUCGGCCUCCGCAAAACCAUGAACAACGGCUCCUUCCCCUGGUCCCACUGGUCCAACGGAGACCCCCUCACCUUCCAGAACUGGUACCCGGGUCGCCCCAUACUCUCUAAGCCCAAGAAUCCUGUGAACAUCUUUAACAACUACUAUUCCAUCAGCCCCAAUGUCUGUGGGUGUUGCUGCACCAAUAACAGCAACUCUAGCUACCAUGGUAACUCUACAGAUGACCCUUUCACAGAGAAUGUAAACAUGACUGCAACGAUGACACCAGCCGUGACAACCAAGGUGGCAAAGAUGCCGUCUGUCAUGACGAGGGGAUCAACGUUCUUUACUGGAGUUACUGGUGGCAUCAAUGGCACCAAUAUGACUAGUGGGACCAAUGGGACGAAUGAAACUGAGACAGACGUGUACAUUGAGGAGCCUUGCAUAGCCAUGCUCAGUUUCGGACUUUGGUUCGAUAAAAACUGCUCAGAGCUUCUUCAUUAUAUCUGCUAUGAAGACCGUUUCUACGGUAAUGCCACCGUGACCAACAAGACACUACACAACGCGACUCUGAGCUGGACCCGUGGGCCUGGUGACAUCAGUGGAUACAGGGUGGAGGUCAAGUCCACUGACUACAACCUGACCCUAAACCACAGCAGUCUGAACCAGACCUAUGACCUUUCCAACCUCACUGCCGGAACCCAGUACAGAGUCCAGGUGUACCCCAUUAAGUGUGGAAGAGACCUCAACCCACAGAACGUCUCCUUCUACACCAAGCCUGGCGUGAUCCAAAACCUCAAAGUCACCAAUGUCUCAGAAACAAGCAUCUCCCUGUCCUGGUUCGCUUCUGAGGGCAACCGUGACUUGUACAACAUUCAGGUGAGGGGUGAACCCGACCUGAAAAUGACUACACGCACAGAGAGCGCCCUGGUCAAAGGCCUGAUACCAGGAGGGUUCUACACGUUUGAGGUCAACACCGAGGUGGAGGACAAGUCCAUCGAGGGAGAUCGACUGGAUAUCCGCUCCUACACGAAACCAGGAAUGGUGUCAAACUUAAAGGCGUCUGCUCUUACUAAGAACAGUGUCCACUUCCAAUGGGAACAGCCGAGAGGUAACACCUCUGGGUACAGAGUGCACGCCUGGAGAGAAGAAAACAACACAAUUAUCGACAUAAUCUUGGAUCAUCAUAUUCUGACAAGCACGAGUCUGACGGUGGGGAACCAGUCGUCAGGUGCCAAGAUCUGGCUGAGCGUUGUGGCACUGGUGCCCAACGGAUCGGUUGAGGGAGAACUCAGCGAAGUGAUGGGCCUCACCACUCCAGGUGAAGUUAACUUACUGCUGCUGGUCAUUUCUGAGGACACCAUCAAUGUGUCCUGGAAAUAUCCUCAGGGAAACUACGAGAUAUUCAGUGUUCAGCUCAACCUAACCGCCUCUAAAAAAGAAGUGAAAACAGAGAAUACAACUGCCAGUCAACUCUCAUUCACCGACCUAAAGGCAGGAGCUGAAUAUACAGUGACAGUCACCACUCUGAAUGGGUAUCUCAAGAGUGACCCAGUGAGCAAAACUAAUUUCACUCUUCCUCUCCCACCGCAAUCAGCCAAAAUCGAUUUCUUCAAUAAGAGUCAUGUCACCCUGUCAUGGAAAGCCCCCGUGGCAUCCCAAGGUGUAGAAGUAAAGUACCUGGUGAAAUACUUAUCUGACUUCUGGAAUGAAACGCAGACGAAGGAGACAAACGCCACCAACUAUACAUUUAAUGAGUUGCAUGCUGGAACCAAUUACACCUUCGAAGUACGAGUGACGGCAGGAACCCAGGAAAGCCAGCCCAUCCAAACAUCACAGAACACAACUGCUACGGUGAGAGUUCAAACUAUGACUAUGGCGUGUUCCUCCAGCGAACCUUCCAUCUGUGAGGAUAGCGGCACACAGAGAGGGGUCCUGCAAAAUUUGAAGAGCCAUUUCCGCAAGUGUUUCAGCAAGAUGGAAAAUGGCAUUUUUGUUGAUAAUGUGUUCUGGGAACUGGAGUGGCGAGAGGCAUAAUCACACACACACACACACACACACACACACACUUGUACAGAUCAUCUAUUCAAUAUAAUUUUUUUGUCAAGAUUAAGAUUAAUUGUAUUUUGAUAAUAAAAAAAUUAUAACAAUAGAUAAAUGAAGAGUUAGAUGCAUGCCAAGAAUGUAUGUGUUUUGAAUUUCUUGUCUUGUCUAUACUUGUCUUGCUUGUUUUCAGGAUAUGAUAUAUGUUUUACAAAUGCAUUUUAGUAAGGUAUUUUCUCUGACCAAAUUACUGAAUAAAAGUCUGACUGUCUUGGUGUGCAUUAUAUAUAUAUUUUUACUAGUGUUUUCUUUAAAACUAGGUUUUUGCAUUUCGAUCAAGAAGGCACCUGAUGCUCAGGACGAAUAUGUGUUGGAAGUUGGUUAUUCAACUUAACUGGAGACCCCCAGCAAGCAUGUGACAUAAUAGUUUUUUAAUUGUUUUUAUUUGUAAUUGGUCAGCCAUGUUAGGCGGGGCAGUGGAUUACUUUUGUAUGGUUGCUCAAUGUUGAAGAUUAAAUUGUAUCCACUCAGAUCCGUUGAGGUCCUUCCUAUAGGUAGUUGUUAUAGUUAAUUACUAUAGCUGUCUAUUAAUAUAGCUAUGUAUCUAUUGUAAUGGACAGCUGUAGUAAAAUGGCUAUAGUGCGAGGUAGAACCUUCAGAAUAAGCUGGCUUGUGGCUUGCUGACACCUGUCUCCUGUUUGAGAGACAAGGCAACCUCCAGAGUAUUUGACAUAAUGCGCGCUGAUGGGAAUAGUCUAAAACCGGAAUAGAAACAGGAAGAAAUGUGAUAAACGUGAUACAGCCUCUUUGCUGUUAUGUUUGUGUAUCACAUCAGGCUGUGUUUGGGAGUCGACUGUAAGAAGGAAGAGAUUGGAACGGCGAAGCAUAGGGUCCAGACAGCAACAUAGGUUGACCCCCUUCUAGACAGUAGACACUUUUGGCAAAUACAUAUGUCAAAGAAGAAAAUGCUUUAAAAAAAAAUUGCAUAACCUAAUUUGUUGAAAAGGGUUGUUCAAAAGAUACUAAACACUGGUGCACAUAUUUGUGUCUGUCCCAUUUCAUAGAGGAAGAGGAGACAAAAAAAGUUGGGAGGAUAGCAAAGGAGAAGAGGGCAAGGGACAUGUAAUCCUCCACGCUGUGUCACAGGUUGUGCUGUCUGGUUGUCUGCUUUCCAACAGAGACAGGGAGACAAAUUCACCUUUCAUCAGCACAAUAAUCCAAAACACAAGGCCAAAUAUACACGAACGUUGCUUACCAAGACGACAUUGAAUGUUCCAGUUUUGAUUUAAAUCGGCUAAAAAAUCUAUAGCAGUCUAAAAUUGCCGUUUAACAAUGAUCAACAACCAACUUGACAGAGUUUGUAGAAUUUUCAAAUGAAUCAUGUGCAAAUAUUGUACAAUCCAGGUGUGCAAAGCUCUUAGAGACUUACCCAGAAAGACUAACAGCUUUAAUCGAUGCCAAUGUAAUUCUAACAUG